GAGAAAGAAGCCGAAUGCGUCAAGCAACCAGAGCAACGGAUUGAAAAGCAUCCAUUUUCAGAACCUUGGGAAGAUAGUGAUUUGGUGCUCGCGGUGGAAGAUGAGACAUUUUAUGUCCAUCGACAGAUACUGAGUUUACACUCACCAGUGUUUAAAGCAAUGCUCAGUUCACAGAAAGAAAGAACGGCCACAGAAAUUCCAUUAGCAGGAAAAAAGGCAAAAGAGGUUUUGGAUUUCCUGAAGGUUCUCUACUUGAAAGAAACAGAAGGCAUUACUUGUAAGUAGAGAACGUGCCUUAAAAAUACUUAGGAAUGUAAUGUAUGUCCUUGUACUAUAGACAUUAUAUAUCGCUAAGGUGGUUUGCAAUGUAUAUGAUGCAAUCCCAAACAAGCGAAAGCAAAACAAGCGAGUCAAUCUAACAUGAACAAUGCUUUAUUUAAUUUAACCUACGAAGCGAGUGAUAUCCUUAACGUAAACUUAUCGUCUGGCGUAUCGCUCUAAAGUAGCGAGAACUAUUAUUAGCAAACCAGUCCUUAGCCAAACCUAAAGGAACUGUAACACAGCGAUUACAUCGAAAAGACUAUACGCAGUGCUGAUUCGACGCUUUGCAAACACAACUUCUCGCUUAUUCUUUUUCGCGAACACAUACCUAAGCUUCCUAAGGAUUAAAACAAAAUAAUAGAUUGAGUAAUCAAAACAUUUCACAGUCGAAUCGGGCUUCAGGAAAAUCUCACCUGGUGCUUAGACGUUUCGCAAUUAUAUGACCUUCACUGUGUUCAUUGGACUCAACAAAGCAUCCAUACGCAUUCACUACCAGUUUAAAUUUUGAACUGCUUUCUCCGGUGACAUUUUAAGUCAUAUGAAGUCGGCGAUAUAUCUUCCUCCAUUUGGAAAAGAAUUUAAGUCUUACUGGCCUCUUUGAUACUGAAGCCAAUCAAAACACUGCGUUUGACAAAAAAAUCGUUUCAAAACACAUGUACAUGUUUUGAUGCCAGUUUCCUACGACUGUUUCUUUUUCAGCACUGAAAAUUACUCUAUAUUUAUUCUAGAGAAAGAAAGUGACUGUUCAUUUUUUUUGAAAAAGAGAAAAACAAAAAAUGGGUCAUUUACCUCUCUAGGAGGCUCCAGCCUUAAGGCAAAAGCCAACCAUGUUUUAAUUUGCGGGUGAUAAUUUCGCGCGCUUGAACUAACACGCAGUAAGGAUGCGCAAUGCAGUACUAAAAAUCUCCCCGUCCUUCGCCCUUUGUUCUUCUCUUUUUGUUUUUGUUUUCCCUAUCUGUCUAACUGUGGUUUUGGUUUCUGUUACUGAUUAGUAAACAAAAUGGGUCACCUUCUGAAGCUAGCUGAUGAGUACGAAGUACAGGGUGUGGUCGAUCUCUGCGUCAAGUGCCUCAAAGAUGUGCCAAAGUCUGAGGAGAAUGUGGUGAAGAUUCUAUAUCUGGCAACAGACACACUAAAAGCUGGUGAGGAUUCUAGGCUUGAUAGCGUUCGCAGAGAUUGCGAAAUCCUCGUCAAAGACAUGGACCUUGCCAAUAUCACUGCAAAGGGUGAUUUUAAGAAUCUGAACCGAGACAGCAUGGAAAAAGUUUUUGUUAAGAGAACUGAACGUUUAGAAAGUUUUAUUAAGGACGUUCAUCCUCAGUUGAUUGGGUUAGUGGAAUAUUGUUUACACCUAAAACUAGAAUCGCCUUUUCCUUGUGUAACUCGCUGCCCUCAACACCUGCCACCUGGGAAAUCACUCGGUUCUAGAGCUGCACAUAUUGGUCUUCUUCAGCGGAUCAACAGUUGUUUUGGUUGUAGAGAUAUGAUUACACAGUUAGUUUCGUCAUCUUACAAACAAGUUCAAACCAUAACCCAAGAGGAUGCCUCUGAAUCCCUCCCUGUCCAGGCUGUCCCAACAGGAGUUGUUAAGGAACACGUGUAUGGGGGCGGUUUCCACUUUGACGAGAAAUUGAUUACACUUCUUCAGGAUAUAAACAAGAUAGUUGACCUCCCUCUUCCCAGAUUUGGAACCUCAACUACUAAAACCCCUGCUUCAUCCAGUCUGGGGACCACUGCUGCUAGCCUCCCUGCUUCAUUCAGUUCGGGGACGUCAACUAUCAGCUCCCCUGCUUCAUUCAGUUCGAAGACCUCAGCUACCUACGCGGUUCCUAAUUUAUUCACUUUCGGGACCUCAACUACCCGCUCCCCUCCUUCAAUGGUUGCGGUGACCUCAGCUACCAUCUCCACUGCUUUAUUCAGUUCGGUGACCUCAACUGACAGCUGCGCUACUUCAUUCACCUUUGGGGCCCCAACGCCAUCUCCUGGCUUUUUUAGCUCAAUCGGUUCGCUUAAGGAAGAAGUGGGAAACGACCAAAAACAAAGAGGGAGAAAGGCAAAAUGACCCUAAAAAUAAGGUAGAAGAAAUCGGGAGAAGGAGAAGGGAGAAAAUAUUUUUUGUUUACUACAAUUAUCAAUAUUUGAGAUAUUUUUUUUCAUCCUUUCAAAUCACAAACUCUGCCUUAGUUUUAGCUAAGGGUCCUAAAGUUUCCGCCGGUAGGUGCAACUGAAGAGAGAUUGUUCUGCGGCCUUCAUAGUUAAGCUUGUACAAGUAUCUCUUGAAAUCAUGGCUCUCCUUUUCGAUCUGUAGAAAAUUAUUAGAGGGUCUUUGGAAAAUCUCUCGCAGCAAUGGUUGGUUUUCUAUAAAUUGUCGCAUUCUAGUGUGGGUACUUGAAAACAUGGCCGUGCUUACAUUAGUGCCCAGCACGCACUAUAAUCGUGGGCAAUGAGCGCAGGCAGCAAGUGUGAACGCUUCCCUUACCUCACUUCACUGCGCCUUUGUUUUAUUCCACAAUAUAUUUCAACUAAAAUUCAACUUUAGUAUCCAAUUGAGACUACUGUAGAGAUAAGAAUAAGUUUGAUGAAUUGGGGAAAUGAAUAAUGUAAGAUAAUAGCUCUCUGGUUGAGAUUGAUGUCCAAGCCGAUAAAGGUAAAGAUGGUCGGAUUUUAGUGAAGAUGAUGUUGAUAAACUUCCUCAGGAAGGUACUUGGUCGUUUUAAUGUACCUGUACAGACAUGUGGAUGCUAGCAAGUUAGAGGACCUUUCUGGUACCAUGAUUUCUCUUGAUUAAAUCAAGGAACAGCUUAGCCUACAAACGUGGAGGUACUGUCCCGGUCGUCGUUUCCCUCCACGUUUUGGGUGGACAGGAGCCACGACCGGAAAUGGCUGCGUUCGCAGGCAAGGGAUUACUAAAAGGGUGCAAAUUUUAAUAUAUAAUCAUCCCACCAUAUCACUUGCACAUGAUUUAGAGUCUGACGAGGACCAGCAAUUUACCUUUGAAACUAUUGUAUGCAUCCAAAUCACUUGGUGACCUGCCUGCGAAUACCUUGCCUCUUAGUUACGCACCGCUACUGAGAUAGUGUGAAUGAGUGAGUUUUUAUACAGAUAUUCGGCUGCGAUAGGCAGUGGGCAUCCAACUUUUUUUGCAUAUUCUUGGUAGAUCUUUUAGUUCGGGUCAAUUAUUUAGCUGUUUCGUCCUCGUUAAUAAAAUCAUGAAAAGUUUUUCGAAAAAUUUUGGCGCUUAUUUGGCAAACAGAACGCCUCUGAUAUCAAUUUUUGCCAAUAACGAUCUGUUAUUGGACAAUUGAUGCAAUACUUCAAAAUUUGAUCAGCCAUAGCAUGUUAUGAAAAACUAGCUAGGAAUUUUAAGCUAAUCAGAAAAGGCUAAAUAAUACAUAUUAAAUCGAAGGAAAAAGAGUAACAAAACAACUGUUACUUCUCAAACAAGGGCCGAAAGGGAAAAAAUAAGAGAGAAGAGAGAAAAGGCCGGAAGAUAAGAAAGGCGGGAGAAAAAGUAGGUUAGAAAGAGGAAGAGCUAGGAAAUUUAACUGCCUGUUCCUUCUCCCCUUUUAGUUCGGGGACCUCAACUAGUGGCCCUUUUACCUCAAUCAGUUCAGGGACCUCAACUACCAGCCUUCAUGGUCCAUUUUUAGCGACAACAACUACUCACAGCUCUAGUAUUUUGACAUAUCUUUCGACCGUAAAAAACAAUAAAUCUUAUGUAUAGGACAUGUAGGUUAGAUUUCCAUCUGUUUUAUAUAAUUGUGUUGGUGGAUUAUUUUGAGGAGAAAAAUGUUUUCUCGCCUCUUCUAAUACCUCUCUGGAACUCAGUUUUGAGUAACCAUUGCUGUGUAACAAAAAUAAUCAGCAAGGACGAAUUUUUCGACCGGCUUAAAAAGAUUUACUGGAUACUUCCUUCACACGUGACUGUUUAAUGUUUUCGCUCUGCUCACAACGAACUUUGAACGGCUAGGCAUCUAAAUUUCCGUACGGUCAAGGGGAAAUUCCGUGGGAACGGAACAACCAGUAAAUAAACGUGAGAAUUUUCUAUCGGUCGAAAAUUUGACUGGUGCUGUGUGAACGUAGCUUCAAUAAACAGAGCUCAACGUCGUGUACUAGCUAUUCACAUGUUAGGGAGUCGACCAUUUGACUUUUGAGGGGGAGGGGAGAUGGAUGAUUUGGUUUAAGUAAGAAUUUUUUUCCCAAACCUCUGGUGAUAGAAUGUUUUCCCUGACAUACAAAGGUGUAAUAUUUUUUCCAGAAUUAUACGCCAUGAAAGAAGUUUUUUUUUGUCAGUAUAAGAAUUUUUUCCCAGCUAAUUUCCUUGCAAUACAUUCAGUUUUUCUUUCGAAAUCAGUCUGUAGGAUUUUUUACUCGCUCAAAUCACCCAUACCGGCCCCACGCAAAAGUCAAAUGGUCGGGCUCUUAUUACAAGCAAUAACAGCAAAAAUUUAUUGACACGCUAAUAGAUAUAUCGAACAAUAUCAAAAAUAAUGUGUAAGACGCAUAGAACUCGCUGCUAGCUAGCCUACUUAGCCGGCGAAACUAUUGUUUUUCUGUUUGUUUGUUUGUUUUUUUUUGCACGUCUGAGAGUUUAAGCGGCGAAGCCGCCAUUAUCGCGCGAGAAGCGAGCGCCGAGGGAUUUCAAAGCGUUUCCUCUCCAAUCUCCACACGGUUUCCCAGUACAGUGCCAAAAUUUUGCUCGCGCUAAUGAUCCAGCCGGAUACGCAAGCUAGCAAUAGGAGACAUCACUGUUUACAAAUAUUGCUUUUGUUAUUGAUUUUUAACGAUUGCAACUAAAGAAUCUUUUCAGUUUCAAGAACCAAUGCUAAUCUGGUUAGCAAAUAAAUAUCAAUAGGUGGCGUCAGCGUGAGUAUCGCUAUUAGUUGAUUAAUUUAGGCUUAUCCUAUAGACUGUACCACGGAAUAAGAAAAUAUGGAACAAUCACUUGUUUGGCAUUUAUUGUAUUGCAAUUAGAAAUAUGCCUGAAAUCAAGUAGUUUGAUUUAUGUAGCGUAAAUAAAUCACGGUAUAAGGGAUUCGUAACAAAACGUUUGCGUAUUCUUAUUCUGAAAUAUGAUCACUGAAUCGAGCGCACUCAAAGAAAGAAAACGUUAAAAAAUAGUCCCCUGCCUGUUUCUUCAUAACGAGGCAGUCUCUUGUCGUAGAAAGAUCUUAAGUAAUUACAUUAUCAAUGAUAAAUAACUUUUUUACUGACUUUGCUGGUCUUAGCCCAGUUAAGGUUUAAGUGAAUUAACUUCAAAGUGUAGUUACUGUAUUAUUGUUUAAGAAUUCCAAGUAAAAUAGAGAGUAUGUAAAAAGCUGGCAACCUGUACACAAACGUCGUUUCCAUUUUUUUUUCGAAAAUCGACGCGCGCGCGAGCACGGAGAGCGGUUAAUAAAUCCAGGGCGGUUUUUAUCUUCAUGCGCACCUUCGUCGAUCUGUAAAGAGAAAAUAGUUGGUCUGUGAACAGCCUAUAAUUCUGGAUCCGGCCCAAAAAGCUCUCCUCCUCAGAGGACUCUGGGACGACUUGGAAUACCCAGGGACAGCCACAGCUUCUUUGGAGGAGAGUGGGCUCUAGUUGGAAUUUGAGUUGCACCUCCAGUUUUGUCACUAAAUCAAAUUUCCCACGUGGCACGACCAAUCAGAAACCCUACCCAGCCGGUCAAUAACAUAUAUGUGUCGAAAUUAACAGAAAGCAAACAGCCAGCGAGCGAGGACGCGAGUUUCCCUGGUUUAUUUUUUACAAAAAGCGAAGGCAAACAACAAGUCUGUUACCUUAAGACUAUAGCGCCACUAGCUUUCAUAUAAGGGUGUGGACAAAACAUGGACCAGGGGUCCAUAGACCCUUUUUUUUUUAAAUAAUGAGAAUUGAACAAAACAGAAAAAGUGCAAAAAUAAGAUUUGACGAGACGCUGUCAACCGUGAUUGAUCACAGAUAUUUAGUUUAGCUUACUUGACGUACACUCUGCUUGCACAUGUGCAGUCGCAAGACUGUUAAGCUAAUUCCAAUCUCGUUCCCAGAGGCCGCAAUCCUUUUGUAACGGAGGCUCUGGGGACGAGAUUGGUUAGAGUAAAAACCCGCAACUAAGAACCUACAUUUUUAGGAGUUAGCCUCAACAAGUUCUUAUAUAAAUGGUAGUUAACAGAAUUUUAGGCUAUUUAAGUUCUUAAAAUGGGUUCUUAAUCCUGGCGAAAAAACAAUUAAAACACAGCUGCAAACAAGUUGGUCAUUAGCCUAUACUACAUAUUGCUUAGUAUGCUUUUUAAGUCUACAUAUCUUGCACUCAUUUUUCUUUAAAAAACAUUUUUACAACAAUGGCAAUCUGCUUUUUUUGCUUCAAAUAUGAUUCUUGCAAUGCAGCUGUAAUGUACUAGUAUGAUUUUAGAAAAUAAGAACCUGUUGUAAAUUUCUUAGGCUAAAUAGGUUCUUGUUUAUAGGGGGUAUAAAUGACCAACUUUAGGCUAACAGGUUCUUAAUUUUUAGGUUCUUAGUUGGGGGUCUUUACUGUAUCACCAAGGGAGGAAUUACGCAUUCUAAUAAAAGAACUCGCAUUAUCUGUCAGAAAACAGGCUAGACUUUAGAAUUCAUUGCUUUUAGAGCAAUCAUGACUGAGUCACAUCGCAAUUCUCAAUAGCUGAUGUAGUCAGUUUAAGCUACAAUCCACUUCUUUGAGAUUUGAAUCUGUAAAUCACUAUCCGUGAAAUUAAACAUCCUGCUAAAAACGCUAACGAGCUGGGCCCAGCGUGACAAAACAUUGCAGGAAAAAGUGACAUUCACGGACAAAAAGAAAAUGACUUAGAAUUAUUCAGAUCCAGGAGGCACUUUGCAGUAAUUAAACAAACUAAAACCCUUAAUCAGCCGCAGUGAAGAGCUUUACAUUUCAAAAGAGGUAGAAAAUCAAUGUGUGUCACGGCCUCUCAGUAUGAAAUAAGUGGCAAAAAUUCACAUUUGCACAGUCAAAACGUUUUCGUCCAAAGCAUGAUCUACCAGAGAAAACAAUUCAUUGGAACAAGCAGCAUUUUGGCAUGAGGUAAAAGUAGUUUCAGUUGCCUACCGACCGCCACUUUUUUACACUAUGUAAGCACAAUUAAAUUAAGUGAUCAAUCGAGCAUUGUUCGUUGUUGUUGUUGUUUUUUUUUGUCUUAUUUUUGCACUUUUUCUGUUUUCGUUCAUUUCUCAUUAUUUAAAAAAACUGUCCAUGGACGCGGUCCAUGACAGGGGGUCCAUGGACCCGGACCAUGGACCACUUUCAUGGAUCCGGUCCGUGAAAGUGGCCCAUGUACCCGGUCCAAAGUGGGGGUCCAUGGACCCCUGGUCCAUGUUUUGUCCUCACCCUUUGAAUAAUGGCUACAAAAAUUCCUUGAACAUGGAUGCGAUAUUUUUCGUGUUAUACCUCACAGCUGGCGAUUGAGGUUUCUUUCGCAGUGACCUUCCGCUUGCGUACCCCUUUCAGAGAAGUAAUUCCCGGCUAAACUUUCACAUAAAACAUGUUUGAAGAUGGACAGUAUUGUGAUUUGCACUCGUUUGUUGGUAAAUCAAAAGGCACCUUGUUCGCGGUCAACAACUUGCAGAGGGAUUUAACUCCGCUCUACACUCACAUUAGUUCCGCAAAUAAAGCAAAUCCUGAGGAUAUGAAUAACCAUCUGAAUUUUCUGAAUUUCCAUAGCACAUAUUAAGGCAUAUUUUCCUACCAUAGGACCAUAAAACAAUAAAAAAGACAGCAAAAUCGAUCCUUCUCUCCGCCGACGGCGGAUCACGAAAACAACCACGCGAGGAAUAAGCGCUUUCAACUUCCGUUGAUUCGAACAGCCAAUCAGAUCUUGUGGCAUUGUUCUAACAGCCAAUCAGCGUUGUGGCCAAAAUCUGACCGCAGUGAGCACAAACUUGUGAGAGUUUGUAUCAGGCCCAACUUUUAGCGGUAGCCGUUAAAGAGAAUGUAUGAGUACUGCUAAAAUUGGGCCUGAUCUCAGGUUACGGUACAGAUGCAUCAGCAAGGUCGUGGCUAGCUGGAAACCCCGAUCCCUCAGAAGGAGGUGAUCGAGGAGGACUAGAAAGGAGAGUCUGCGGCUCCUGAGACAUAACAAGAUAGCGCACCUCGCGAUCACCUUUCGUCGUCGGACUUGCAAUUUCUAACAGAAUUUAAGAAUAAAGAACUUCGAACGGCUAGGGAAAUGUUAUUGAAAUAGUUUUAAACUCUUCUGCAAGUUUCUUAAAUAUAAGGAAUCUUUCGAUACUAAGAGUAAAGGGAUCAAAACCUCAGAAGUACUAAUAUGGAAUCCCUUAGAGGGUCAGGUUGGCAUCCCUCAGAAGGAGGUGUUUAUUUUUAACUUGUAAACGGAAUCCUUCAGAAGGAAAUUGGCAUAUCUCAGAAGGAGGUACACUGUAUUUAUGUUUAACUUGUAAAUAGAAUCUCUCAAAAGGAGUUUGACAUUUGAUCUCUCAGAAAGAGGUACACUUUAUUUAUGUGUAACUUGUUAAUGGCAUCGCUCAAAAGGAGUUUGGCAUCUCUCAGAAGGAGGUACACUUUAUUUAUGUACAACUUAUAAAUUAAUCGAAUCCCUCACAGGGAGUUUGCAUCUCUCAGAAAGAGGUACAUUGUAUUUAUGUACAACUUGUAAAUGGAAUCCCUCAAAAGGAAGUUUGGCAACUCUCAGAGGGAGGUACACCGUAUUUAUGUUUUACUUGUAAAUAACAUCCCUCAAUAGGAGUUUGACAUCUCACAGAAGGAGGUACACUUUAUAUAUGUGUAACUUGUACAUUAAUGUGGUUUUUCAAGCGGCAGAAUGUAAUGCGGUCAAUGCGAGCUGAUUGUUAAAUUUAAUUAAUAAACAACAACUUUCUGAUAUUUUUAACCGAGAAUCUUCCCAUCUUGAAUCCCUACUUACCCCAAAAAUCCAAAAAUUUGCGACCCAAUUCUAGUAACUCUUUUGAAAAUGUGACUCCAUUAUAGUCACUCCAGUCGUGAAAUUGCGACCCCGUCCAGCGGCAAAUCCCCAAUAACCUCUUGUAAGAGAGUAACCCCCCUCCCGCCUUGUAAAUGGAAUCCCUCGAAAGGAGUUUAACAUCCCUUAGACGGAGGUGUUUGUGUUUAACUUGUAAAUGGAAUCCCACAGAUUGAGAAGGAUUUUGAUAUGACAGGAUUUUUGUAACCCUCAUGGAAAUGUGGUCUAAUAAAAAUUAAAGGGUGCUCAAUGAGAACCUGUGAAAUCUAGGGUGCCCAGUAUGGAAUUUCUAUGAAAAAAAAAAAAGGUUUUCUUGUCACUAAGUAACAAAAGUUGGUGCCAUGGGCCACCAGGCACUGCUAGAGCACAGCCUUGUAUUGUAUAAGCUAUUUCCACUUUUUAUUGUCUGUUUGAUGUUACUAUGCACUAUAGCAUGCAAGUAGACAACUCAUUAUAAAUGUGUACUGUAGUAUGAAAGUCAAGUGAACAUUUAAGCUUUCAGUACUUAAGCUUAAUUAAAGAAAAAGGCCAAAAAGUUGCCCAAUAAAACCGCUAUAUUGGAGUUUUGUUAGGCAAGUUUUUGGUUUUUGUUACAGGUCAAAAUUAAAUUCAGGUUAAAAUUUAUUAACCUAGGUUGAUUCUCAAAAUAUCACCUUUGUCUGCUAGCCCUAAUUCUUAUGAUUAUAAUAUUGCUAUAGUGAGAAUCAUUAACCCGAAUAUUUUAAUCUUGACCUGUAACAGAUACAUGUAAACCCUCAAAUAAAUACAACUUAGCCACAUUGACGUUCGUUGACAUCAGGCAAAAAUGCAUCCAGAAAUUGCCAAUGCCAAGAAUUAAAUAAAGAAAAAAACAAAUAUAUAUAUAAAAAAAGGCAAAACACAUAAUAAGUAAAAUCAUGCAGACAAUAAACAGUGACAGUGGAAAUAGAAAAUUUUAUGUGAUCACUUCAUAUAUAUAUAUUUCAGUUCAAUGGAAACAGACAUUAAUUUUUUACUUGUAUUUUCGUUGCUUGGGAGCUGGUCGUGUACGUAUUACCUGGGAGGAGGGGGCAUUUUGCUGGGGGAUCAUUAUAAAAAUCUUCAUUGGGUUUAAGGCGUCAAUUUUGGAUGAGAGAUCAUUACCUGGGGGGACAUUUUAAUAAAUCGUAUGAAAGUAGUAUAAAGCAGUAAUGAUUGAAUGUAAAAGGCUUGAAUAUAGUAAACGUCAGUCUUAUAAAAACAACUGUGGAUAAAGUAUGUGCUGAACUUUGAUUCUACGCUAGAAUAUUCCUAGAUUCCUCAGGGGGGGAGGGCACUUUCACAAUGUGUAAAAUUUAUGGGGGGUCAUUUCUAACAGACUAUGAUGUUGUGGGGGAUGCAAAAAUCCUUAUGCACUAAUCUGUCGAUUAGCCCCAUGCACCCAUACCCAGGGAAUGCAGGACAUAAAUGGGAGAUUUCAGCAAUUUUAGACUAUCACUUUUGCCAUGUUAAGAGGGGUUUUUGACAGUAUUGGACCAGCGUUUAAUCUAUGCCGCACUUUUACAUCAUUGGCAUGGAAUAUUCCAUUGUGAUGCAAAACCUCAUAUAUACAAGUACUUGCAAAGCAGCAGUCAAUAUUAAAAAUAAAAAAGGUGCCUGAAAUAAGCACGUGAAAUGAGUGUCAUUUUAGACUAUGUGCUUAUGAGUAACUUUAUUUGUGUCAGACCUUUCAUGCAGUACAGAGAGACUGAGAGACUGGAGUGUCAAUUUCAAUGCUCUGCAUACAUUUCUUUCCUGAUCAAUUCAAGCUUUGUUUGUUGAAUUUGUUCUUUUUCUUUAUUCAUUAUGAAACUCAAUAACAAAAGCUAAGUUCAUUUUCUUAUGCAAAAGAGAAUAGCAGUUGAACAUGAAAAGCAUGAAGAUUGGCUGGAUAAGAAAGGUAAAGCUCAUGAUAAUUAUAUAGUUUGGAUGAUUGUUCAAAGUUUCAAUAUCAUAGUUUGACCCAGACCAUUCUUGAAAUGACUCAAUUUAAAAUAUCAUGCGGGAGUCACAUAUGACCCACUUUGACCUAUUUCUACAUUGAACACUGCUGGACACAAGUCUCAGCCAGCAGGGAUCAUUAUCAGGGCUUACACAGGGAUUCACCUUUGAUGCAAUCUUCUCCAGGAUCAGAAGCACAUAAUCUUACUUUGACAGGAAAUAACAGGGACAUUGUUCUCCAUGGGCAUAUAAGCUGGAGGGCUCAUGUAAACAUAAUCGAUUGGGGCUGGAGAGGUUUGGAAUGCCAAAUCUGUAACUCAAGGCAAUUUACUUUACAAUUUUGGCUGUGUGAGAAAUGGACAGCACUGUUGAUUUUAAAAGUGAUAGUUUGAUGUACAAAACUGUUCUGCAUAGCAAUGAGUUUGCUUCAUUUAGAAGGCAGGCCUGGUAGACUAAUACCCAGUGAUCCCCCACGGAGGUAUGGGGGUGCACUGGCUUUUCCUUCACUAGUGCAAUAUGGGGGAUUCCAUUAACAAGUUAUAUAUUCUCAUAAGGCAUUCCAUUUUCAAGGUAAAAAUAAACUCUUCCUUCUAAGGGAUGCCAAAAUAUUAUUAUGUUGAAAGAUUUCAUUUUAAGAAACUGAGGAGUUCAAAAUCAUUGCAAUAUACAUAUGCUGAUUGGUCGUGAAAGAUCCACUGUUUAUUGUUAUGGCAUGGAUGAUGUUAUUUACAGUUACUAUAUGCACUAUUACAUUCAAGUAGACUAUUCAGAAUAGCAUGUUAGAGUGCACUUUCGAAACUACACUCUAACAUGCUAUUCUGAAUAGUCUACUUGAAGUAAUAGUGCAUAUAGUAACUGUAAAUAACAUCAUCCAUGCCAUAACAAUAAACAGUGGAUCUUUCAUGUUACUUACUUUUGAAAUAAUGUCUCAGGUAAAAGGCAUAUCCUUCUGCAGAGAGAUGCGAAAAUUCGAGGGAUCCCAUUUAUGCAUUUACAAGUUACAAUGGCAGAUUCAGGGGAGGGCAAGGCCCCCCCCCCCCCUUAUUUUUACACCAAACUGAGGCCCGAAGGGACGAAAAAAAAUAUUUUUGUGACUGCUCAAACUUACCCACUUACAGGGGUGUAGCCAGCAAUUUGGCAUACAGGGGUUCUUAAGGUGGUAUUGUUGUGAGAGGCAUUGGGUAAGGGUGCAUGUCCUCAGAUAGUGAUUUCUUGAUUCUGGCCACAAACUUCUAAUAAAGUCACUGCCUGCCAAAUGUAUCUAGAAUUUCUGAGAGAGGAUGCAAAUCAUGCUUCCUGUAGAGAUGGUUAAAAAUGCACCAGUCAGUAGUUGUUGAAUACAUAACAUACUUUAUCAAAGACUGUGGUCUUGUAAUGGACUGUUCACUGAGCUAGCAUAUCAUCAAGAAGGUGGCCCCUUGUAUGCUUCUGUGCAAAAAUUUUGAUUGUUGAACUAAUGUCAAGAGCCUACUGUAACGGAUGUUUAUCAGAGUCUAUGAGCCCAGCGAGGCUGAACGAGGCUUGUCUGUAAAGCGCUAAGUGGGCGCAGAGAGUGAUACGAGGAGAGAGCAAAGAAUAAAGCAAGUCCAGACAAUCACGCGGUGGGCAUGGCAACUUUUGAGUGUGUUUUCAGUGGGCUCGAUGUACUGAAUGAGCACACAGAUUCCGCUAAUGUAUUUGGCAACAUAAAUAAAAUAUGCACAGACUUGUCUACAUUUCAGUGGAAACAAUUCACGGGUCACUUUCUGCCAAUUUAGGCCUCAGUUGCCAUUCAUGCUAAACUUGAUACUGUGUGGCUUGUAAUACUGAAAGGCAUUGUGGUAAUCUAGGAAGUGAUGAAUAAGCAUUGAAUACCACUUGACAAAGCUUCUACUGCUCUCAGUUUUGAUGGCAGGCUUUUCAGUAGAAUUUUGUACAGCCAUUGUUGUGCUACUUACAGGCGUAACACAUGGCAGGCUGUCUGGGAAAAUUUUGAUUUAAGAACUCUAUAAUGUAACCCUCGAUAUAACAUGUGAUGCCUUUCUGAAUUUUUUUUCUUGUUUAUAGCCAGUUUCAUAGCCCAAUUGGAGGUUCCGGAACCCCUGGAACCCUCCCCUGGCUACGCCACUGACUUAUCUUAAGGUCUCGUUCCGCCACUGAGUCAUACAUAAUACAAUUUUACAUAAUACAGUGUACCUCUUUCUGAGAGAUGUCAAACUCUUUUUGAGGCAUUCCAUUAAUUUACAAGUAAUCCAUAUAAAGAUAAGUGUACCUUCUUCUGAGAGAUCAGAUGCCAAACUCCUCAUGAGGGAUUCCAUUUACACUGAAGUUCCACACAAAUACAGUGUACCUCCUUCUGAGGGAUACCAAAAUCCUUCUGAGGAAUCCCAUUUACAAGUUAAAAAUAAACACCUCCUUCUGAGGGAUGCCAACCUCCUUCUGAGGGAUUCCAUGUUUGUAAUUCUGGGGUGUUUGUUCCCUUAUGCUCUUAUUAUCGAAAGAUUCCUUAUUUUUAAGGAACAGAUCAAGAGGAGUUUAAAAUAACCUCAUAUACAUUUCCCUUCUUUGUUCGUAAAUUCUGCUAGUCCGACGGCGACGACGGAAGUUGACCGCGAGAUGAUCUUGUCUCACGAGCCGAAGAGUUCCCCGAAGAAACUCUCGUUUCUAGUCCUCCUCGAUCACCUCCGAGGGUGCGGCUACACGUAGUUCCAUCUAGCCACGACCAAUCAGCAAUUGCAGGAGAGCUCAUCAUCGAUUACCAAUCUGGAACGCCCUAUAUUGAAUCGAUCACCAAAAUCAGACAAUCAUAAUAAGCUAAACAUUCCCGAGGAAACAGUCUCUCGUGAGGGUGGAAGCAGAGAACUUUCAGGUAACGCUCCUUGCUAUAAAGCUAGCCGAACAAAAGCAGUCAAAUUUUUGAUAACCAGCGGAAUAUUCAUUUAACUGCUUUAUUAAGGAAGGAUAUUCAGAAUUCUUUUGCCAUAUUUCCUUGCAAGAGUUGUGUUUCAGCUAGGAUAUUUUGCAGAAUGCGAACCGCUCUGCAUGCAGUGACUAUAAAUUAGGCCCCAGCGUGCCCAAUCGAUGAAAUUCAAUCGGUAAUCGAUUUAAAAAUCGAUUGCAAUCGCGGUUUUUGACGCCAUCUUGGCUGGGGGGCAAACACGGCUAAAAUUACAGUGAAUGUGUGGGAUUUUGGCCCACUUGGAACCGCUAUAAACGCCGCUACAAAGAGGCAGAUUUCCAACAUUUGCCCCUACUUUAAACAGUUUUUAUUAAUAUCAUUCAUUCACCGGAAAAUGAGGCUAUUAAAGAAAGUACGACGUCCGUAAAUGCGAAUUAUAAAUCUUCCCAUGUGGCUUCUAAUUUCAUGGUAAUUUACAUAAUGUUGAUUAGGAGGGUAUGAAAUCUACGGUCGUUUACGGUCGUUAUAACCUGAAUCUCUUCUUUAUACUUCAUGAGAAUAAUCACAGUACAAAUGUCUUUGAAAAUACAUUUUCGCUGUGAAAAUCCGCCUCUUUGUAGCGGCGUUAUAGCGGUUCCAAGUGGGCCAAAAUCCCAUACAUUCACUUUUAUUUUUAGUCGUGUUUGCCCCCCAGCCAAGAUGGCGUCAUAAACCGUGAAAAGGUGUAUUGAUAGCGGAGCUCUCGCGCGCUUAACGUGCACAGUAGAGUACCUGGGUAAGAAAAUUUGGUUACCGAAAAUGACCUUCCCACAUCCAAAUAAACUUCUCUUAUCUAAUAGAUGCCCCUACGAGAAUUACUCCUAAAUACUACGAAUUGGCCAAAAAUAGCAAAAUCAUUCAAUAAAUUCAGUUUCUUGCUUGAUUAACCAGGGUUUGCGUAUUUCAUCGUGUUCAAUGUCAUGUUCAAAGUCAGGAUAGACUAAGGCCAAAGGAUGGCAACACAAAAACGCUGAGCACGGAUUCUGACAUCGAUGUUGAGAUUUGAAAGAGCGAUAUAAAUCUCUAGAUGGCCUAAACGUAUCAGUUUUUCAAGAUGGAGUAGAUAUUCUACUCUUUUUAAAACUCUCUUGAUAUUUUUUGCGAAAGCACAUUAGUUUUGUUGAGCUUGUUACAGUUGUGAGAAGGAACGCCUCUCUGACUGUAGAGUUUUACACGCCUCCUAUCUAUUAAUCACCCCCAGGACCCCUAAAAUUAACUAGAUGCCCUGGGUGCUUAUUAGGUCACUUACGGUAUCUAUGCAUCCAAGAAAUGUUGGUUCUGACAAAAUUGUCCGUAAGAACGUACGUCCACCCCUUUAUGUAAGCCUGGGUGAAGCUGUGCAUUUCAAGCACCCCUGCAUUUUAGUGGUAAAUCACAUGGCCACCUGGACAUUUAGAGAGAAAAAACAACAACAUAGCUGAGUCUGAUUUUUCAACUUAAUUUUAAUGUAUACACUGACAUGGAUAACAGAGAAAGAGCUAGAACUAGAGCUAAAAAACAUCAAACAAAGGAGACGAAUUUUGUUGCAAGGAAAUUUUAUAGUGGUUGUGAGAAAAUUAGAAAUGCUAGCAGCCACCAAGGUGAAAAUGAGCAACAGUAAAAAAAUGCAAACAAACAAACAAACAAAAGCACAUGCAACAUUAAUUUCCCCCAUAAAGCACGUAACUAGAAAGUUUCGCGUUGUAGUCAUGAAAAAAAAAAGUGGUAAAGAAAUGUACAAAAAAGUGUGCUGCACGUCCAAAGUGGUUUUUUUUGCUAAUUAGACCUAUUUUCUUUUUUUUUAUGCCGUUGUCAUUGCGGUCGGCAUUUGGCAUUACACAAUUUUGUUUUUUUGUUUGGGUAAACUACAAGUGUAUUAACAAGAGCUUCACUUGUAGCCCUGGCUAAAUCUACAUAUUAUCGGAAAUCAAUGGAAAUUGGAUAUCAGAAGAUUUGUGAAUAUCAUCGAUUUAAAUUAAUUUUCAUCGAUAAUAUCCAUUGCCAAUGGUAAUCAGUUAAUGAUGAUUUCAGAUACGUUUGAGCUAAGUAUUGGUAAUAUUGAAAGUCUUACCUAUUAUAAUUUUUUUUUUUCUUCCUAAAAAGAGAUCUGCUGUUCAAUUGCUACUUUUUCCCUAAAAGUGUCGAAAACACAAGAAACCUUGAUCAAAAGUGUUUUGCAAACUCUCUUUGAAAAGUCUGAUCAGUUAAAAGCCAUGAUAUGUGCCGUGUUAUAAUCUACCUGAACAGCUGUGGAUUCGUUGAACAACGUUUCUUGAAAGUUCCUACUCCUGCAAAUAACGCACACACCCAGGAUUUAGAAUCAUAAAUCGUUCAUUUAUUAAACCUGAUAAAAAUCGAUAAAAAUCAAUACAAUUAAGAGGACUUGCAUUGUGAGUUUCAAUCUUCAUCGAGUGGUGAAAUAUUAAUAGAUUAAAUUUUAUUGGUUAUAUCGAUUAUAUUGAUUGAUUUCCAAUGACUGAUUUUCAUCGGUCAUCGGUCAUCGAUGCCGGGAUAACGUUUAGGAAUUAUGGGACGUUCCACUUUUAUUUUGAUCUCCCCCUAUGGAUGAGUUUUCUAGGCAGAUAACUGGUAGGAAUCCGUUUUCAAAGGGGCCGACAAAAAAUAAAAGGGGUAGGAAACUUUUUUUUCAAAGGUUUCUGAAUGAAAGGUAAGGAGGCAAGGAAUCUGAACGCAGGGACGGAAAACUCUGAAAUGAGCUUUUGCAUUUAAUAUCCAUAUCACCCCCUGGUUGAGGACUUACCUUUUCUUCUUACCCCUAAGGAUUAAAUACAAUUGCAUUCGCCCUAAUGGGUCUACCCUCUGAAGAAUAUGGCUCCACCUCUUAAAGAAUUCAAGCUUCACCCUAAAGGAAGUACAUAUUAAUUUUCACUCUACCCUGAAGAAACCCUCAAUUUUUCUAACUUACUCCUGAAAAAUUCCAGGGGUCCUCAACUGGGGGGUAUGAAUUAGCUGCAAUAGCCCAAUAGAAAUGGAACAUCUCAAUAAAGAAACUGAGGGAUUCAAGUUCAAGAUCAGUUCGCCCUGUCGAUUAACUCAGUUUCCUGACCCAAAUCACUAAACUUCACAGCUUCACACCUACUGGUUGCAUCAUACUGUAUGUUUACAUAUCAUCGUCUGGCGUGUUCGCAGUAUAGUUACUUUAUAAUUAUGUAGAUAUAGUUGUUAAUUGUGACCAUAGACGCCGACAACUGGUUCUAAAAAGCGAUUCACAGGCAAUGUCAAUUGAAAAAUAGAGUAAAGCCUCUUUUGAAAAUUCAAAGGCAGGAAGACUCGUUUUCUUUAAUAGGCUUGAUUAACUUAGGUCCUGUUCAAACCAGAAUUUUGAAGCUGUUUAGUUAAACAUUGUCUCCUUCAUAAAAGCUGCUUACUGACUUUUACUGACUACGUUGAUUGCAAAUUUAGCAGUGCGAUUUACUAAACAUGUUGAAUUUCUUUUGAAUCCUGUGUGAAAACCCUGUGUUCUAGUUAUCGUGUCUGUUUUUUUAUUUUUUAAAACCUAGUUUAAUUAAACAUGUUUAGUUGGUGUGAGUGGGGCAUAACAAUGAUUGUAACUUCAACUUUAUGAUAAAUUCUGAACACACACAAAAUAAAUUGUUUGAUGUUAUUGGAUUACAAAAUAAAAUUUACCAGACUCAGUCUAACUCCAAGAGAUCCAUGGGUUAUGUAGUUUGAAGGCUGUACAUGGCAAUGGAUUAUCAAUGUUGCUACUACAACUAAAACUAAAUCCUGUAACAGAAUAGACGUGGCAUUUCCUAAAAAUAAUCAUCAGAUAGUCAAUUUUAACAUUUUUUUAUCAGUAUCAUUAACUGCUACGCACUGAAUGUCUAAAACUUAUUCCAGUUAGCGCCAAUUAAGUUAGCAGUGUCUCCCUGUCGCCACCGCAGUUGUCUCUUCGUAAACAGUCGCUGCCAUUUUUAAGACCCUUAGAAAAUUUUUGACCUGUUAUUGAGGGUGUUUCUAUUAAAGAAAAAGAAAAUCACAACCCAGGGUCGAACCCGGACCUUUAGUAUCCUAAUCUCUUUCCCUUACCACUACACUACCACAUCCAUCCGCCAAAAUUCCGAAAAAGUUAAGUACGUAAACUAGCAAGCUGUCUUUCUUAACUGAUACAUCAACAGGUGUCCCUAGCCCUUUCCAUAAUUUUUAAUUUAAAUUCAACUCGGGCUUCAACGUCGUUCUUUCUAAGACUAUUCAAAAACGUAUUAUUUGCCUCACUGUAACAGGUUUAAUCCAGGGAUUAUAUCACAUCUAUCCUGACUAAAGGCUUGGUUACCAAUGGUGGCAUCGACCGUUAAAAAUCGCAAUGACCGUUUUGGAAAGGGAAGUAGGCGUCGCGACCAUGCAAUCGUAUUUGUCAUAUCCUGUAUGCUCAUUUUGCAUACAAGUGUUUUAGCGGCCUCCAACAAAUGUCUAUCAAGGUAGAAAAAAGUAUACACAAGUCUGCUAAGGAGCUCAGAGGCACCUUGUUUUGAUUGUGCAUUUCAUAUUUUACCCUCAAAGUUAGUAUUUUCCACUUUUCCAAAAUCUUAAACAUACCCACAAUUCUUAUUGAUUUGAAACAUUCAAAAAAUUAUCCAAAAAUUCUAACACAUUUGUUGAACUAAUGACUACAACCUUGUGGAGCAAUUUUUGGAUCAUACAAGACUUCUUAACUAGAUUUGGAAGGAAAAGGGCAGAAAUUAAAUUUAAUGAAAAACAAGGCUUUUGACAAGAACAACAAAAUAAUGUGUAAUAACAGGAGUGGUUAUUUUAUCGUGCUUAAAACUCCACGUGAAGAAGUAAAGGAAGAGCACUCCCUCCUAUAGCCAAAUCUCUCUCACCCUAUUUCCUUUUAAGUGCUGGUCAGGAAAACUAGGUUCCAUCAAGCUUCUAUUUAUGUGCAAAGCUUUUAGUAGGAGCGAAUGGAGAGGAAGAAGGAAGGGCCACUAAAUGAAAUGAGAGGACCCGUUACAUAUUCAGGUUACGUCAUAGGGACUCUUGUUCAAAGGUGCCAGCUGUUUAGUCUGCAUUUCAAGUGCAUGAAAAAUUUAUGACACAAAAAAGAACGGGACACUUAAGAGGAGAACACGGAUCCUCCUCCUCCAUACACAUUGCUUAGAUGUAACUUGCAACAAGCAGAUUUACUAUACACCUGCCAUGGGCUACUAUAAAAGUUUUGUUAUUUCUUUGUGUCAUACCCCAACACAAAAUGAUAAUCGGGAAAAAUGAUAUAUCACUUAACCUCUGAAACAGGCGAGAUGAUAUCAGUGUAUACUAUUUUUUAAAGCAGGAGAAGGCCAAACAAAAGUCAAGCAUCGAUUUUCAGAGCCCUGGGAAGAUAGUGACCUGAUUCUUGUGGUGGAGGAUGAAAAGUUUCAUGUUCAUCGCCUGAUACUGAGCAUGAACUCACCUGUCUUCAAGGCCAUGUUCAAAUCCCAGUUCAAGGAGGCUACCUCCGAAGAGAUUCCACUGCCUGAGAAGAAAGCCAGUGAAGUUUUAGAUCUCCUAAAACUUAUUUACUUCAAGCACGUUAUACAAGAACCAGUGGAAAUAACUAGUAGGAUUUUUUCCUUUUUCUCAACAAAGUUCGUUACGGGGAGGCUCCGCUCUGAGUCCCAAUCCCUUACCCUUUUUUAUACCAUUUUCGACAGAAAAGGGAUCCCUUUCGUAUACCCUAUAUUAAAAAAUGGUACCCUUUAAACAUACCUAUUUGUAAAAAUAUAUCGCUCAAACAGGUCUUCUUUCCGUUUUUAUGUGAAGUUUAAUAAAAUAAUAUAGCCAUAAGGCCUGUCUUUUCGAAAUGUCUUAAUCGAAGGACCUUUUAAAUACUUAAAGAAUAGAUUUCUCCACCCUUUAACAUACUUCAGCCUGCUGAUUCCCUACCCUUUGAUAUACCUGAAUCCUUAAGAAGGUAACCCUUUCGGGUGAAGCCUCCCCGUAGAGAAAAUUAAUGGGGAUAGCUUCAAAUCAUGCCGCAAAAUCCUAUAUCACUCCAUACCAUCUUACAUAACCAUACAUCGUCCUACAUUACCACUCGUCAUCCUGCAUCACCCCCAUAUAUUCAACCUACAUCGCCCCAUCUAAUCCUACACCACCAUGUAUCAUCUUACUUCUCAUAUCUGCAUCACCCACAUCAUCCUGCAUCACCUCAUGUCAUCUUUUGUAACUCCGCAUCAUCUUAUAUCACUCCAAAUCAUCCCCCAUCGACGCACAUUAUCCUAUACGACUAUCAUCUUUUAUCAAUACUUAUCAGUAGUAUAGUAAAGAUGAAAUAAGCCAUUUUUUGAAGUGGAGUGUCAUUAGUUUGAAGAGAAAUACAUUAACGCCAUUGCCCGCUGAUGACAUCGUAGCCUUUUGUCUUAAUAUCGUGAAUAAAAUGUGGAGGAAUCUCAGGUCCUGUGCUAUUUUUAGUUGUUUAACCCUGUGACUACUUUCUUUAGUUUUAAAAUUUUAGGUCGAUGAAUUUCUUGCUUUUUGAUUGGUUCACUAAAAACUAAGAAAGUAUUCAUCAGUCGAUUCAUAAUGUUGAAGGUAUAAGCGCUAACUCGACUGUGACAUAAAAUCACCGAGUCAUGCAACGUUAUACACGUUCUAUGAGGCCCUGCCAUUGUAAAUUCCAACAAGCGACAUGACCCAAAAAGUAGCGAAAGAGCGUAAAAUGAAAUGGCGACAAGAGACAACCUUUCGCGGCCAAAUUGCGACGGUGACGGCAAAGCCGAGAAUAAGCGACAAAGAACGGUGGUUUGGCUAAUUUAUCACCAGUCUGAAUGCCAAGAAGUAAUUUUCGUCAAUUUUCCUUGCGCUUCAGAGAACGUCUCUUGUCAGUGAACUUCAGUGGACCCUCCUGUGAAUUGUGUUAAUUACGAAUGGCGAUGUAUGGGUGUUGGAUACGCGAAUUGUUAACUGAGUAAUUGCAAAACUGUAAUGGUUUCUUCACAGCGCAUCGCCAUCCCCCUUUUCUAAAAUUACGACAAUUCCGACAGCGACGUGAAACAUUUAUCAACACCGACACGAGACUUUUUAACAUUCAGACAAGCGACAUGGGACCCCCUCCCCAUCCCCCUGGCAGGGCCUCUUCUAUUUCCUGCCGUUUUCAUUGUCCAGCAAAGUGUCCCAUUCCGGUUCACUGACUCUUGGAGCGCAAAUCCUACAUAUUAAUGAGGGCUAAAGUAAUCUAGUUUUUUCCCCUAGCACAAAGACAGUUUUUUACUAACCCCACUUCCCCUCCUGCUCCUCCACAAUUAAAUGAUUUCCCUUUUGCUCAACUUUUUUUCUUUUCUUUCCACCACCACCUCCAUAUCUCCAUUUUUUUCCCUUCUCCACUUACACAUUUAAUAGGGACCUUAAGCAACUACGACGACGACGACUACAGCCACAUCGAAAAACAAUUGGUUUUAUGGCCAAAACAACAGCUCUGCACGUGCAUCACGCUUUUUAGUACAUUUCGUUGACGUCCACUGCACGACUACGACGUGAAACCUCCCAAUGCAACGUUUUAUAGAGGACGAAUUGAGCGGUUCCAAAUAGACGCGAUAAAGUUCGAAAGGACGCAAAUUCAUUUUUUUAGUGAUUUUCACUGCCGUCGUCGUCGUAGUUGCUUAAGGUCCCUAAUAUCGACCCACAUCGACCGCAAGACCUAAUCUACGUUGCCCUACAUCACUCCAUAUCAUUCUUCAUCACCAUACAUCAUCCUCCAUUGCCUCGUUCUACACACAUCGUCCUGAUUAAGUCCACAUCAUCCUCCAUCGCCCCAGAUCGUCCUACAUCACUCAACAUCAUCUUAAAUCACCACACAUCCUAAACAACUUCACAUCAUCCUACAUCGCCCUACAUCAACAAACGCCACCAUCGUACGUAACCACACAACAUCUGACCUUUCGUCAUUCUACAUCACCUAACAUCCUUCUCCAUCGCCCCACAUCAUCCAACAUAACUUCCCAUCAUCCUACCUCGACUCAAAUCAUCUUACAUCACCACACAUCAUCCUGCAUAACUCCACAUUGUCCUGCAUAACUCCACAUCGUCCUACAUAACUCCAAAUUGCCCUUCAUAACUCCACAUCAUCCUACAUCACCACUCUAUCAUUCAUAGCCACACAACAUCCAAUAUUACGCACAUAAUUCCUACCUCGCCACCACAUCAUUCUACAUCACCACACAUCAUCCUAUAUCACCCCACGUCAUCCUCUUUUUAAAUUAUUUGGGCGUUGCUGAUAGAAGUAAUGAAUAGUUUUGAAUCGUUGGUAGUAUUAAACUUUGAAAAUCUCACUCUGGAAUUGACGGGUUUGGCUUAUGGCCAAUAGUUUGACAAUAUUUUUUCCCUCAGUUGUCUCGAGUAAAAGAAGAUAUCACGCAAUGAUGCAAAAUUCCGUGAUCGUGCAUGUGAUAAAUACGGGAUUGUUUCAAUGAGGGGAAUGAUAUGGGAUGAGUGGCCACAUAUUAGGUAUUUUGGCAGUUUUAUAGUUUUAUUGGAGUUAAGUGAAAGUUCAUUUAAUAUGGCAAGGGGGGCGAUGAAGAUAUUGAGGGGGGUUCGAAAAUUUUAGACACCCGAAGGGGGGGCUCUGAAAAAAUUGUUGCGCUAGGAGGGGGAGCUCCGAAAAUUUGUAUACUUCAAAACCAACACAUGACAUCAUCAUACAGAUCGGAUGGUUUUCAACUCAACAAUUUAAUGACCUGUGCAACUCAGCUAUAUCACGUGGUUUACAGAUAUAACAAAUGUAGUCUCAGUAAUUAUUACACUCUUGUUCAUCCCAAAAAUGCUUUAGAAAAUUGUAUCACAACUGUAUCUCAAGUUUGUCAUAGUAUAAACCAUUGAAGACAAUAACGGUAAAUAUAUUUAAUACAGUCUAGCGAUCUUUUUUCAGGGGAGCAAAGGAAUUGAAGGAGGAGGGGGGGCUCUGAAAUUUUUUCGACUACCAAGGAGGGGGCUCCUAAAAAAUUGAACCGCUAGCGAGGGGGGCUGCUAAAAUUUCAAGCUUCGAGUUUCAAUAUCUUCAUCCCCCCCCCCCUUGACAUAUUAAAUGAACUUUCCCUAAUUGAUGUCAGCCUAUUAAUUUUAACAUUGAAUGAUGUAUAAUGUUAUUUCAUAUAUUCGGAAAUUAGGCAAUUUCUUAAGAUCUUAUUGAGCAAAAUGAACUCUUAAACAAGUUGCAUUCUUUCAUGUUCGAACGGUAAAAGGGGCAAAGGCCAACAUUUUCAAGUGCAAACUGCGUGCGUGACAGUUAUUUUCAAAACCCCUAGGUUGAUAGACCUUAUUCACGAUACCCGCCAUCUUUGCAUGCGCCUUAGGAUUAGACUACUAGUAGUGCCCAUUUUUCGUCAGGGAUAGUAGAGCGAGCGUAACGUGAGCGCGCAUAAAAGUCACCCCUCGCGAGAAAGGCAAGACAUUCUCUCUUCCCGCCGCGUCUCGCCUUUCUCGCGAGGGAUGAUUUUCACGCGCGCUCGCGUUUCUCUUGCCCUACCAUCCCUGAGGAAAAAUGUGGACUAGACUACUCGUAGUCUACCUUAGGAACGAUGGAAUAUUAGCAAUGUCACGUGGUUUCUCAGGGAGCAGACAAUGAAUAAAAUUUCCCAAUACGAGUAAUCGCGGUCGAAUUUGUUUAUUCUAUCGAAACGAGACAACGAUUUAAUAGUCAUUGAAAAUGUACAGUUCGAGUUUCAAAAAGUUUUACGUCAUUAUUACAUGCUGAACGGACAUCUACGGUCUCUAUUGCUUCUUCAUAAAGUUACAAGACGCUACGGAACGUACACUUCGGCGUCGUGGUUGUGGAACUGAUUAAUUGUAAAUGCGGAGAAAUAGUAAGAAUUGAAAUAUGGUAAGAGUAAGGUCUUAAUUUGUGAAGUUAUGGGAUUUGUCAGGAUAUUCUGAAAAGAGCAACAUCCUACUUGCCUGGAGUGAUAUAGGAUUUUGCGGCAUGAUUUGAGGCCUACUUGCCAAAAACUAGCAUUUCGGGACAAAUUGUCUCCGAGAUAUUAGUCCAGUUAUGCUCUGAUGACUCCAUACAAAUCCUUCUAAAUUUGACUUGGGUCUAAACGUUUAGACCUCAGUCAAAUAUGAGGUUACUGGCAGUGAAUAACAAGUGUAACAAAACAAGCAGUAAAAAAAGAAUUCUCUAUUUUUCUUGGUCACAUCAGGCUUCAAAAACAACAUAGAUAUGUAAGGCAUGGGUAAGGAGUCAAUUCCGGUGAGCAUGGAAUUGGCUAAACUCAAUGUCACGAGUUCGAAUGUUUUGAGGAUAAUUAUUCACUGACUAUCAGCACGCAGGGACGUCGGAUUAACACAAGCAAGUUUAAAACCAAAGGAACAUAGCCUUUACAGAGCUUUAAAACACAGCAUCCGCCAACACAAACUUGACUUGAACUUAAGUAAAAUAAACAGCCUCUGCCAAUAAUAACAAACUAUCACUUGAACUUCAGAUAUCUUACGGCUUCAGUCAACUUGUAAACACAGAACUUGAAAAUCGGCCUUCGUCACACUUCACUAAACACAGCAGUCCAGCUCGUGGGAAAAAACUUAGUUCGUCAAAAGAACUUGCUUGGAACUUGUAUACCGUUUGACAUAAGGUUCUAGAAAACACUAAACAGGCGAACAGUAGUAGCUUUUCGACAUAUUUUAUGAUUUCAGUAACUGAUGCAAAUCUGCUGACUCAUGUUGAAAUGUAAACAUGCCCUGAUUAAUUAUUCAUGAAUAAUCCAAAAACGUCAGUAGAGAACGUUCGAUAAAGUCACGCAACGCAUGAAAGCAAUUUUACUAGGUAACACUCAACAAAGACAAAAUGUCUUUGUGAGGCAUCUUGUAACUUUACAUUCAUCAUAAAACAGUUCGAAAGGAGGGCUCACUCGUGAAAUGUUUUUCAACACUCGAAUAGAAAUUUCGUGUCUCUGCGCGUCCACGUAAUAUCCUCCAUUUAUUCCUCGAGUAAAUUAAAGACUAAACUCGAAGUGAUCUCAAGAUAUCACGAAGUAGGCCGGUCUCAUUUCGUGAAAUAGCCGAAACAAGCCGAAAAGUCACGAAUUUGUCCCGAAACUAGUGUAUCAUUUCAUGACUAUUUUUCAUAUCCCGAACUACCUUGGGUCAGAGUCUCCUCUGAUCUGACGGGUCACACAGGCGAGUCGGUUCAACCCCGGCAAAACAAAAUAAUAAUAACUCUUUCUUCCACGAAAAAGUUAAAGAAUACAUCAAAGAAAUCGAAGUGAUCUCAAAAUAUGUCGAACUAGUUCGGCUCGCACUUCGCCAAAUAGCCGAAUAAAACCGAAAACCUACAGAGUUUGCGUGCCCAAUAUUGCCAAAAAAAGUCAACUUUGACACAUUCCUGAGCGUCGCAAAUCCUUUACUUAGCCUUCGCACUCCGCCGAAGUAAUGAACACUUUCACUAAUAACUUGCAACAACUAGCCAUUAGCGUCUUCUAUAUGAAAAGUUCCUCAUUUUCUUUUGUCUAGAAUAAACAAACUCGACCGCGAUUUCUUGUAUUGGCAGAUUUUAGCCCUUGUUUGCCCCCUGAGAAACCACUUGACGUUGCCUUUAUCCCGUCAGUCCUUAAGUGCGCGAAAAGAUGGCGGAUAUCGUAAAUAAGGUCUAAUUCGAUUUCUUUGCUACACGAACCACGCAAGUGGCAAAUUCCAAAGCUUUCACGUGUAAACUGCGUGACAACACAACUCAUAGUGAGAGCCUGAUUACAUGACCCGCCUGGCUAGCUCUGCCGAGGUGACUUUUCAAAUCCCUGUAUCACGUGAGCAGGGCUAGCCCGGAGCCGACAUUUUUAUGUAGAGAUCUGAAGCAGCGUGCUUGAGCAGUGUGUUACCCGCUGUCCUGUUUUUCGCUUGGUUCUUUCGCCAGGCUGCCCGGCAAGCGUGAUUACCGCCGGGAAAAUUUCCAGCCGGGAUCCCAGCUAACCGGGCUGGCUCGGUUGUCAUGUAAUCGCAAAGUUGAUUUUUGUUGCGUUUAACUAAGGUGCCGAGAUAUCUGCAAAGCGAGCCAGCCCGGCUCAUGUAACCAGGUCGUUAGUUUUAUUGUCAGAUGUUACGCCCUCCCCUUGACCUCAUCGAUUUUUCAAAGCCCCCCCGAACCCACACACCCAAAAUAAGCUUUUCCGCCCCCCCCAAAUCAUAUUUAUACCUCCCUUUCCAAAUUAAAUGAUCUUUUCCCUAUUCACAUUCUCUCCAUUCAAAUAUUAUCAAAAAUAACUGAAAGACAAUCCUAAACAAAAAGCCUAACAACAAUUAAAAUAAGUACAAGUAUGUUUUCGACUAUUGAUAAGACCUUUGACAACCACCCCUUCAUUUCAACAGACUGUAACUACGCUAUCCCUUCAUAACCAAAUUAGCACUCCCACUCUCCCACUCUCCCACAACUACCUCACUGCAACACCUAAAAUCACUUUUACCUUACAGGAAAUUUUUUUAGUUACUUCAUAUCAAAUUCUAUAAGAAACCAGUUUCGCUGAUAAACAAACUGCAGCCAUUAUCGUAUCAGUUCUCGUCCAAUAUAACUCCACGCCUUCCGCUUUACACAUCUCAACCAACCCGUAAAAUAUACAACGUUACUGCACUACUCGCACAUGCCUAAUAUACUUAAAAUACUUCACAUACGCCUAGUGUAGCGACGCCCAAAUAUACUCUACACGUCCUCAUGUCAUCCUACAUCAGUCCACAUCAUCCCACACAGCCUUACAUCAGUCCACAUCUUAUCACCACACAUCAUCCUACAUCACCUUACCUCAUUCUGCACAUCCUCACAUCAUCCUACAUCAGUCCGCAUUAUCCCACACAAUAUCACAUCUCCCUACUAGUAUUUUACCACACGGCGUCAUCCUAAUACAUAACCUAACUUUUUCCUACAGUCACCCCGCAUCAUCUUUAAUUAUCUCACAAUAUUCUUCACAACCUCCCAUCGUGGUUAUGGGUAAAAUGUGAUUUGUUUUAGAAGUGAAAUUGGCACGAAACUUGUGAACUUUCGCGGUUUUCUAUUAGCGAAGACGUUUCCCUCACGGAAAGGAAAAGCAUUAUUCCUUCGCUGAUCCUGAUAGGUCAAACUAUUCUUCUUACUCUCUACGAUAUUAGCUAAACGUUAUCGGCCUGCAAAUAUUAUGACAUUGCUUUUCACAAGCGUAUUAUUUUGAGUAUUUUGAGUAUUUGUUUUGUAUGAAUAUAUAACAAUUAUUCGCCGAAGUGGAGGUGGCUAGUGGUCAUGGAUAAUUACCUCGCUGCUUCGCGGCUCGCUAAAUAUUCACCACAAGCCAUAGCCUGCGUAGCAUGGCGGUUUUGGUUGGGCGCGCUAAAUAAUAAAGGCGGGCGAGGGCAGAGAAAACGCGAGGAGAUUGAGGCGGGAGCAACUUGAAAAAUCUUCACCGCUCGUUCAAGCGCGUUUUUGCGGCUUCGCCGCUCAGUCGUGCUCCAGACAAAAGCGCCAUGCUACGCAGGCUACACAAGCAAGAGAACGUUUGAGUUUUGAACGUUUGAACGCCCUGAAAGAUCAACAUUGCCGUCACGUGGUUUCCAGUCUAUCACGCGGCCAUUUCAGAAACGUUUUCGUGAAGUUUUCGGAAAUGCUCGGAUUUUGAUCUUUUAUCUUUCUAUAAAGGCUUGGGAAGAAAAAUCUUUACCCAAAUCUCACUUAGGAUGGUUCUUUUUAGUGUUUGGUGAAGGUAAAGGGACAAAAGAAAAUAUGUCAUUUUUUUGGUUCAUUUGACCUUUAACUUGCAUUUGUAAACAAAAAACUGUUUUACCAGUUUCAUCGAUAAAUUUAAGUCAAACAGACAAAGCUUUACCUGUUAAAACUUCUGAACCGAAUUUCGUCACCAUCUUCAGGAGCAGCUUGUUUGAUUAUUUGUAAAAUUUCUUUGUUUGUUACGGCAGAAAAGCGGGGAGCCAUUUUGUUCUUAACCAUGGGCUCCUGGUUCGAUGGGCUCCUGUCGUAACUUACAAUUUCGAUAUAUUAAAAUUCAUACUUUGCUGCGAGGCUUGAAGGAUUAUAACAAAGGAAAUCGUCUUGAGGCUCAUUAAUGAAUAAUUCAUUUCUUUUGUUUUAUUCCCCCAAGCCUCGGAGCCAAGUAUGAAUUUUAUAUAUCGAAAAAUGCCUGUUUGGCGUCGCUCGCUCGGACGAACUGUUGGUGAAUCAGUGAAUAGCACUGGAUAUCCGGAGGUUGAGUAGCCAAUCAGAGCGAAAAACACUUUCAAUGUUUUAGUAUACAGUUAUUUCAAAAAUGGUUGUCAGAGAGAAUGGCGAAAGGCGAAUGUCGACCGGAGGUUGCACGACAGAAAGGAACUGUGGUUACGCUAUUUCAUAUGCAAAAUUUCAUAAGUUGCGUUCACCUUGCGUGAAAAUCAACACUAACUAUGAACGUUUGUCUGAAGGUUCUUGACUCCGAAGACAACAGAAACUCACGCUUUUUUCAAUUAAAAGACGUUCUUCGUUUCCUCGUAUGAACGGCCUAUUGUCUAUGACUUUACAUCGCCAGUCACAAGAAAUUUAGAAAUAUAGCGCUCAACUGUUCUUUCAGAAACUAAAAAAUGAAGCCUCUGCGACUGAAUGCUGAAGAACAUGAACAAAGCAUAUAACCCACCAUCGAAGGUCUUCACUAAAUGGAGCCGGCAUCAUUGACUAGAUAGUUGAUUAUUUACCAUCAAUAUCAGAUUCAAAACCCAGAGUUCCUUUCGGUUGUACAAUCUCCGUUCGACAAUUGCCAUUCGUCGUUCUCUCCGACAACCUUUUUUGAAAUAGGUAUAUACUAAAAUAGAUUAUUAUUACAUAUGUUGUGUAAAGUGAUGUUUACAAAAGGAGUCGAAGUAAUGUGCAGUGUAAAAAAAAAGAAAGCCUGUAAAAAGGCAGUCUGAUUUGAGAUUGUUUUCAAUUUAUUAGUGUUGAACGUGGAACAUCUCCUUAAGCUAAGCGACGAGUACGAGAUAAACCACGUCUUUGAAUCUUGCCUCAGUUUUGUUAAAAAGCAACCCAAGUUGAAACAAAACGUGAUGAAACUCCGAAAAAUGGCAGCCAUGUACAACCUUAAAGGUGUGCUUGACGGUUGUGAGGACUUCCUGAAGAACAUGAAGCUCAAGACACUUCGUGAAAUUGUUGAUUUUAAGGAUCUUGACAAAGAAACCCUGCAGCAUUUCCUGGAGCAAAGGAUUGAGCGACUAGAAGAGUUCGUUGAUCAAGUUUAUCCCGAAUAUAUGGGAGUGCUAGAGUAUGCGAUGGAAAAGAGACAGUAUGAUACUUGCAAGGAACAUAUUAGUAAAGGUAAAUUCAACCACAAUCGCACAAUUGACAGUGAAGUAAUCAGAGGAUGUGGAAAAUGUCGGCAACAGAUAGUUAGUUCAUUCACAAUGGAAACAUCCUCUUACCAGAGGAAAUACCGUCAUAAAGAAAGAACUUCAUAUUCUUCCUUUUCGUUCGGAUCGUGUUCCAUUGAUGACAUCUAUGCAUUAAAGAAUGGUUAA